AUGGAAGUACGAGAUGAUAACCCGAGUAGGAUAGAGGACGCCACAAAGAGAGCAGUUGAGGAAAUUAUCAGUGCGGAGAUCCGUUCCGCUGCGAUUAGCAAAGACAACACUAUUUCGCCAUGCGGUCACGUCUCUUCCCACCCAUUUGCUCUCACCACAUUUGACACGUCUUCCACGCUUCCGGCAUUUCUUCCACUAACGGGGGUAACUUGGCCGGAAGCUGUCAAGGCCGUGUGGAAAACAUUCAGGGCGAAUUCCACUGUUGGUCUAUUCCCAGAACUUUCAAGGGCAUGGAUAACGAUUGACAACAAGCUGCUUUUGUGGAAUUUUGGGACGGGGAGGGACUUCUUUCUCUUCGAUGAAGUGCCUGAGCUUAUCGUAGCCGUUGGAACCCCCGUCUUACCCAUUGCCGGCGUUUUUCAAGCUCACAUCACCUAUGUUCUCCCAGUGUCAACCCCAAAAGCAGUUCAUCUACUGGGGUUAUGUGUUUUUGGAGGUGGUCCUUUGAAGAAGGCGGAACUCUACGUGGUGAGCCUUGGAUUCUCUGUGAUGGCACCGGCGCUCUUUACAAAGCUUGUUGGUGUCAAAGAGCUGGGUAGGAUCUUUGCUGCAGGCGCAGAUGGGUGUCUCUACGAGGUUAAGUACGCAAAGGAGGACACAGCUUUCCUUCCGAAACUUAGGCUCGUUAAUUGUUCACUAAUGUUUGGUAGUGUUCCGGUUCUGGGAGCCGUAAGCUCAUUGAUCAGUGCGAUUAAACAGACAUGGGCGAAAGAGAGACCUGCACUGCGCGACGUCGCCAUAGAGGCGAAGCGUAAGCUCCUGUUUACCCUGAAUUCUGAGAGCACAAUUUCAUUGUGGAGGAUAACGAACGAUGGCCUAAGUCAGCUGGCCACAGUCAGAGGGGGGGCUUUGGGGGGAACCAAUCGGACAUCAGUGUGGUCGGGAGGAGCGGGUGUUGAACUUGCCAGGAUAUUUUGCGCUACGUCAUCCGAUGACAGCUGUUCGCUUAUUGCCGUUGCAGCUAAUGGGGAACAGUACCGCUAUGUCUGCCAAGACGGUUUGUGGGGUGGUGCCGACGCUAGUCUUUCCCUGCGCGAGAGCUUGGGGUCGUACAUUCCCCAAGGCCGUGAGGUUACCGUUUGCUUUGCUUCCGAAGGAAUCUCAGUUGUAUGCCACGCAGAAAAGUCGGAAGGAGGUUAUUCGCCCGAUUCUGUGACUGUGGCUUCUUCACACAAGGGGAUAUUGCAGCCGCAUCACAACUGUCGUGACAUCGUCGCCCAGUUUGAGCCAGAAGCAACAUGCAUGACACGAGUUGACGCUAUUUCUGAGGUUCCCGUAGAAGGCGGUGUGAGUCCCAACGAGUUGUGCUCUCAGGUUUCAUGUUCCCCAAGGCAGUUUGUUUUUCUUCAUCGCCAUGGAGUUUCAACUUUCAUAAAACUCCGACCCGUGGAUACACUCCACAUGAUAAUCGCGUCGUCAAGCGAACAAGUGCGUGACAGUCUCCUUCAACGGCUUUCUUCUAUUUAUAGCGCGUCGGACUAUUGCUGUAUGCUUGUACAAAUUGCUGUUGGUUGCACGAAUGUGCCGGUCACAGUAGAUGGUCCAUACGUCGAGAGAGGUGAUGCAAACGCAUCCUUUUCUCCGGCAGGGAAGGGUAACGGCAAGUCACAGAUUCCUCUGUCGGUAGAGCAAUUAGGCCGCCAGCUGAACGAAACGCCCUCUCAAGAGGUUCAGAGAAUUGCACGUGAGAUACUCCGUAGUGCAAUGGCGCCGAGUUGGUAUGAAGGACCAGGCCCCGACGACGGUACCCGCCACAUUGUCGUUCAAGUAUCGCCUUUCGCCUCGGGCGUUUUGGCAUAUAUUUCAAGGGCUCUCUACGCCGUGUGGAAUACGGCGUUGGAAGGUGUUACAAUGCGUGAAUUGGCGGUUGUGGAAACGGCACUCUCCUCUGUAGUUCGAUUGUUGAACAGCCUGAAGAGAGACGUGUGGUCCGACAAAUUUGUCCAGCCGGCUGUACCGUUCCAGUGGGACAAAGGAAAGGUAACGCUGGUGCUUCCACCCCAUCGGUCGUCGAUAUCAUCAUACGACAUCAAGAUGUUGCAGUCUGCGCUUCUGUGCUCCUCUCACACUUUAUGUGAGCGAGUCUUACAGACAAUCAAAUUUCUGAAACAGACGGCUGCCGUCCCGCCAAUGGCGGAAGAUGGUAAGGUAACAGUAGCACAAAUUGUGAGCGACCAAUCAGUGGCACACCGCAUGGCGCGGCACGUUGGAAAAGUGGUGCUUUCCUCCGAAAAGGGCGCAGGUUAUUUGCCGCAGGACGGCGUUGGUUCAGUGAUGCAACUGCAGCUGGAGUGCCCGUACUUUUUCAACUCCAUCGAUGUGCAAGAAUACAAUGUGCGGGUCGAACUUGAGAGGUUACUGUCCGCCAAUGGAGAAAACUUCCACGCGUUUCCAGAGGGUAAAAUGGCAGAGUGGGAAUCAUCUGUCUCUGUCAUGGCCGCUUCAUUGUGGUACUCCGGGGCGUUGCUUGAUAUAUGUCAGCAACUGAGGGCGCUUAAAAAGGAGGGCACUGCUGUCAAACUCCUACUCCACGCUGCGUGUCAAUUGGAUCCGAAUAACUCCGCUUUCAAGACCUACCUGGCGGAGAGAAGCGGCAAUCUGAAUCAGGCAGUGAGCUCAGCUGUCGGUUCCACCUACCAACAGAAGUUAAAGGUGCUGGGUGAGGUUGUCAGCACUCUGGAGAACGCUUGGAACACACACCGUAGUACUGUCGAUGGCCUUCUUGGGGGUCCUUUGUCCUCCGGCGCUAUCUGGCAGAUCGAGCCUACGGACGAAUUGGCUCAUUGUUACCUAUUCGACUGGUUGUGUUUGCCUCGUGACGAUGCACACAUCAAGGCAAUGCUUAGAGAGACGUUAGUGGCCGCGCAUUCCCCAUUUAUCGAGGCGUAUCUUCAACGCAACAUAUCGACUCUGGGGGAGCAAUAUGUUCGAUACUUGCGAAAGACUAAAAAAAAUCAUGCCCUUGCCAUCGAAGUUUGUGCUUCUGUCGUUCACGCACCGCUAACAGGAAUUCCAAGAGAAGAACGAAUUUCCUACAGGCUUCGCUGCCUGGCUGAGGCGAAGGGGAGCGCUGAAGAGUCAAAAUCAGAUCAACUCAAAAGUCUUGAGCAGCGCAUAGGGUUAAUGGAGGCACAGCUUCACCUGUCUAAAAUCAUUUGUGAAUUUAUCAACAGCGGACAUUCUCAUCUCGAUAGGCGAGUUGCAGUGGAUGGCCGGGGUCUCAUGACGGAACGGCAAAUUGCAUUGGAACAGAUGGAGAUGGUGGAGAACCAUGUUCUCUCUACUGUUCAGCUGCUGCAAGUUGCGGGUAUGUUCUGCGCAUACGGCGGAGCGGAGGUCCAACUUGAUGUCCUGAACGCGGCCAACGUGACCGAUUCAUCGCUUCACGCCGCGUGCAUCGACCGCUGUUUCCAGCGGAAAGAUGCGACUGUGGAAGAGAUAGCAAGGCGGGUUAUUGGAAAGUGCAUGCGUACGAUCGCCUCUCCCCUGUGUCAUGUGGUCAAGAUAUUGGAAGCAUAUGCCUUCCAGCGGUCACCUGAAGGGUCCACACUGACCGUGGACGUUCUCUACGACUGUGGUGUGGAGCACAACGUAAUAUUCUCGACGAUCGCCGCGAUUUUUGAUAAAAGGGACUUUCUUACCGCUCCUUGUGAAACAUUUGACCAAUCUGCAGUUACUGAUGCGUUCUUAGUGCAUUCGCUAGCUGCCGCUCUUCAUCGUGCGGUGUUCGCUUCGCACAUCAGCUCCGUUCAGAUGUACUUUCUAGGUAACGCUCUAAACACGGUGCGCGAGGGCAUCAGCAAGGUCGCCAUCCAACCCGGUGAUGAACGCAGUAUCCGGGCAUUGAGCGCUGCGGAGGGAUUGCUCGAACAGUGCAACCUUGCCCUGAAUCGUGCCAGUUCCAGGUUUACUUUCUAG